AUGGAGGCACAGACCCACACCACAACCGACCGACAUGGCUAUAGCCUGCGCUUUUCACCUUUCGAGGCAAAUCAUAUGCUGCUAGCUACCAGUCAAUUGUACGGUCUUGCUGGAGGUGGUUCUCUAUUCCUGCUUGCCCAGAGCUCUCUGGAUGAUGUCAAUUCACAAAAUCUCACAGAACUAUGUCGUCUGGAGUGGUCCGAUGGGUUGUUCGACGUCGCCUGGUGUCCAUAUGCCGCCGAUAUUGCGGCAACAGCCUCUGGCGAUGGCUCGCUGCAGAUCUGGUCGGGAUUGGAUGUGGAGUCGGCGAUGACAGAGCAAACGCCCAAACAGCCGCUGAUUUGUCUGCAGGAACACAAGAACGAGAUCUACAGUCUGGAUUGGGGCGAGAAGUGGAAUUAUCACACACUCCUCUCGGCCAGUUGGGACUGUACCCUCAAGCUGUGGGAUUGCAACAGGCAGAACUCCAUCACGACGUUUGUGGGACACAAUGAUUUGAUAUAUUGCGCAAAGUUUUCGCCCCUGAUUGCGAAUCUCUUUGCCAGCGUAAGUACCGAUGGACAUUUGAACUUAUGGAAUUCUCUUGAUUUUACAGGUAAACCCCUGAUGAGCAUCGAGGCACAUGCAAGUGAAGCCUUAUCCUGUGACUGGAGUCAUUUCGAUCGCAAUGUCCUACUGACGGGAGGAUCGGAUGGUCUAAUCCGAGGCUGGGACUUACGCAAGAUGCGGACACACAUCUUUGAGCUGUACUCGGGAGAAUUUGCGGUUAGGCGUUUGGCCUGUUCCCCACAUUCAGCGACGGUGCUGGCAUCGGCCAAUUAUGAUUUUACAACGCGCAUUUGGGAUCUUGAGCGAGGGGAAUCAGCACAGGAGAUAAAUGCCCAUCACACUGAGUUUGUCUGCGGUCUGGACUGGAAUCCACAGAGAACACAUCAACUGGCCGAUUGUGGCUGGGAUUCAGUUGCCAAUGUCUAUACGCCGCAAUGCCUGCGCAAUGUGUUGGCUUAAACGAAUUGCUUUAGCUGCUUCAUAUGCUUAACGCUGGCCUUACCCCCAACCGGACUCUGGAAACUGGUGACUGGAAACUGGAACCUGGUACCUGGAACUCUGGUACGCCAAAUGCCGAACAAAUGUGAUAAGGUGCUAGUGGCGCCAAAAUAGCCAAGCCAUAAAUGGUUGACACCUGGACAAGAUAGCUGAGCUAUCGAAUCUCUAAGGAAAACGAUGUGUAAAUAGUUGUGAUAAAUAUAAAAUUGAAUACCACGUUCUGCAGGUGCUUGAAAUGUCAAUAAAAGCUUACAGAUUAUAUGAUUAUAAGAGAAAA